AAUUGAUUAGGUAUAAUUUAAUUUUCAAUAGGUAUCCAGUCUGGAGAAGUGUUUCGUUUUUUUUUUUCUGGAUUUUUGAGCCUCGACUAAAAAUUUUCCGCUGGCAAAGAGAGUUUCGAGAACAACAGGCAUUAGUGUCCUGCCGGCGAAAGAGCAGACAGCUUGUUGAAAUCGGGGGUAGUUUUUCCAAAUAUACACGACGUAUUAAAAAAGUUUUUUUCAAAGACAACUUUGGUAUUGCAAUGUUUGCCAAACUAUAGUUGAAAUGGAAAUCAGCGGCCCUAGGAAAAUUUACAGGAGUUGUUCUGCAAGGUCGUCUAAAAAACCUAUAGGCAAUCUACCGAAAUCUUCGUAUUCUUCACCGACUCCGCCGCCUCAUAAGAGUCCUCUUUGGGAAGGCGCAGUUAGCUUUAAUUCGUUUGAAUCUACAAGAAUUGGAUCGCCAAAGUUGAGCUUGAGUAGUCCUACUGAGACUGAAAGAUAUCUUGCCGAAUUUAAUCAGAGAGCGCCAGUGCGGCUAGAUCAGUGUCGGACUGGGGGUCAUUUGGCCCACCGGGCAAAUGGUGAAGUGGCCCACCCAACUCAAACCGUAUUCAAUAAAAACAAUUUUGAUAAUCAUUUGUUGAAUCUGGAGGUGGAAGACAUUGACUUUGCCCCCAGGACUCAAGAACAGCAGCCUUUGAUUGCGCCACCUAAGCCACACAUAGAGCAGCAGGGCAUGGAUUGUCAGAGGCUUAAUUUAUCAUCAUUUGACAAAAUCAGAUAUCUAGAAUCUCAAAAGAAACUCCAGGCAACGCCAAUGUUCAACGCUUUGGCAGUUAAUGUUCAGUUGGAGCGCAUAAACCCGUUAUUUAAAUCUUCAGACAAUCUUAUCAGAAUGGACACUUCCCUCGCUUGUAUUUCACAUAGUCUUCUCUUCCAGCGCGAAGCUUUCCGUACUGCAUUAAGGAAUGUAACAUCAAAACAUCCUUCCCUCAAGAGUGACAUACAGGAGAUCAUGCUAAGCUCAGAUUCUGAAUUCAGAGCUGUUUCGGACAAUCUGCUGCAGUACACCUGUGGCCGUAGGGCAGAAGCGGACCAUUUUCAAUCUGCGAGCCCUAAAUCAGUUUCUUUGCCCAAAGUAGUUUCGACUGAUGAAUCAUCUAAAAGUCCCCAACUUUUUGCAAGAGGGAGGCUUUCUAGUCAAACUGGACAUAACACAGGCAUAUUAUCAUAUUCCAAUGAAAACCCAUCACAGACGUUUUCUAUCCCUGGUUUAUCAAGGCAAAGUUUUCCAAAUGACUUGCCUCCCCUUCGGGUUGUCAACGGCCCCACUUGCCUUUGCAAGGAUUUCGAACUGGAUAGCAAGUCAUCUAAGAGACAGAGGUUUGAGGAUAAUAGUCUACUUGGACGAUUUUCUGUUAGCACAUCAGGAUCCUCGCCAGCUGUCUUCACAUCUAUCAAUGACGAUUCAGUUUCUGGAGGAGUUAGGAUGGAUAAUAAACAAAGAAAAGUCGUUAUGCCUUCCUCAGAACAAGAUAGCGUUUCUAGGAAUUUUGUGGGACAGGAUAGAAAAUACCAUUUCCCUUCCAAACAAGAAAAAGGUCUCUAUAAGAAGAGAUCUGACCAACAUAGUAAGAAACCGGCUCUGGACCUGAAGAUCAGCCAAAAAGCUUCUGUGAAAGCUAAAUUUCGCCAACUUCGCGAUCCCUCUAGGGAGGUUGCACUAUCGCCUGAAUGCCAGUGGUGGCUCCGACACCUAAAUACUUCGGCGCCAUUAUUUCCAAGCGACUCGGACAUAUAUCUGACAACGGAAGCCUCGAACCUGAGUUGGGGAUCGCAGGUUGGAAACGAGGCCAUGAAAAUGCCAUGGUUGAAGGAACAGAUCGAUUGGCAGGAAAGAGCUUUAUGCGGUAUAUGCUACAAUCAAGCUAUUCAAGGGCCUGGAAGAGAAAACGGUGCUAUUGCAGUCAGACAACAGGACUGUAGUGUCGUAUAUAAAAAACCAAGGGGGAACGAAAUCGGAGGUUUUGCUGAAUCUCACAAGGAAGCUUCUCACUCUGGCGCAUUCAAAAGGUAUCUCCCUUCUGUGUCAUUACAUCUCGGGAGUGUGGAACGAUGUAGCGGACAGCCUCUCAAGGGGUCGCCCCGUAGCAGACUGGCACCUAUCUACUCAGGUGACGAGUCGAAUAUUCCAAAAGUGGGGCAUGCUGAUAGAUCUAUUCGCCUCGAGCAAGUCGAAAGUAGUUCCAAUGUAUGUCUCGAGAGACUCCCGAAACAAGGAAGCUCUAUUCACAGACGCUUUCAGCAGGAAAUGGAAUUUCUCCCUAGCUUGGCUGUUCCCACCUCCUGUGCUGGUGCCUCGGGUUCUAAGGCAUCUCAAGUCGGCAGCAGCCGGAAUUUACCUGUUAGUAGUCCCCAGAUGGGAGAAAGUGUUCUGGCACGCGGAUUUAAAAUGGCGAGCGAAGGCCCCACCAUUCACGAUUCGAGACCUCCAGCACCAUCUGGUGGACAUCUCCACAGGCCUCCCACUUCCCCAAGCUCAGCGUCUGAGUUUGGAGGUUUGGAAAUACCAUGGAAAAAUUGGUUGGUUUACGCCAGAGAAAAUAAUGUAUCACCCAAAGACCCAGAUCCUAGCAAAGUGGCUUUAUUUCUAAGUUAUCUGUAUAGAGUAAGAAAGUUGGCUCCAACAACCAUCAAACUAUACAAAUCAGUCAUUGCAACAUUUGCGAACCCCAUAAAGAAUGAAUGUAUCUCAAGUCAUCUAGUACGUCAAGUACUUAGGGCUAUUGAUAGCUCUCGACCCCCUUCAAAUAGAAAAGUUAUAUGGGAUGUUUCAAUAUUGAUCAAUUGGUUGAGGCGCGAUUGA